AUGCCCGCUACGGAGCAAACGCCGCUUCUACGCGAGGAAACACAACAAUAUGCACCCCCGGGCACAGCCGCAACACAGGAUUCCGAAGUACCCCUGGCUCAGGAGCCCAGUACAAAGGAAUUGGUCUUGAUUCUGGGUAGUAUCUGGGUGGGUGUAUUUUUGGCAGCUCUUGAUACUACCAUCGUUGCGACGCUGACGGUCCCAAUAUCCUCGUCCUUUCAAUCCCUGUCGCUGCUUUCCUGGCUGGCAACUGCGUAUCUGAUUUCCAAUGCCGCAUUCCAACCUAUUAGUGGUCGAUUGACCGACAUCUACUCCCGCCGCGCUGGUCUGAUCUUCUCUAACGUCUUUUUCGCCGCGGGAAAUUUGAUCUGCGGUCUGGCAGAAGCGGAAUGGGUCAUUGUGCUUGGCCGGAUUGUCUCAGGGAUUGGGGGUGGUGGAUUGACUGCGAUUUCGACGUUCAUUGUCUCUGAUUUGGUCCCACUUCGGAAGCGAGGUGUAUGGCAGGGGAUUGGUAAUAUCUGCUAUGGUGCUGGCGGUGGUCUGGGGGGUGUGUUUGGCGGUUGGAUCAAUGACACGCUAGGAUGGCGGUGGGCAUUCUUCAUUCAAGUUCCCUUCGUUGUAGUUUCCUGCAUUCUGGUGGCUAUUUCCGUGAAGGUGCCGGUGAAGGGUGACACUACUGGGCGGCUGAAGCGCGUUGAUUUCCUAGGUGCCAUCACGUUGGUCAUCACGCUUGUGACAUUCCUGCUCGGCCUCAAUACGGGUGGUAACCAAGUGCCAUGGACUCACCCUCUCGUUCUUACCACUCUGCCAUUGUCCGCAGUGUUCCUGGGGCUGUUUGUCUAUGUCGAGGCGAAGCUGGCGUCUGAGCCGGUCAUCCCAGUCAACCUGUUGCUCAAUAGAACCGUCCUUUCGGCUUGUUUGACUAACUGGUUCACCACCAUGGCGGUGUUUGGGCUCCUUUUCUACCUUCCACUUUACUUCCAAGUCCAAGGUUUGUCCGCAACCGCGGCCGGUGCGAGAUUGAUCCCUCAAGCGAUUGGAACCUCCUUGGGAUCCAUGGGAACUGGGAUUCUCAUGCGCGCCACUGGCCGCUACAAGACCUUCAGCCAUGCCUCGAUGGCCCUUAUGGUUCUCGGAACAGCACUGAUCUGCACUAUGUCACUUGGCACUCCUGCCUGGCUGCCUUUCAUCUACUUCUUCCUGGGCGGAACUGCCUACGGUGGGAUGCUCACGGUCACUCUGGUUGCGCUCAUUUCCGCUGUUGACCACCAACACCAUGCUGUCAUUACAUCUGCAUCUUAUGCCUUCCGUAGUACAGGAAGCACCAUUGGCAUCACCGUCGCCUCCGCUGUUUUCCAGAAUGUACUUAAAUCCGGGCUUUGGUCUCGUUUCGGUGGUCGCGAGCACGCCAAGGAGCUGAUCUCUCGCAUCCGCGACAACCUGGACGAAAUUCGCAAGCUUCCUUUGGACUGGAGACUGGGUGCACUGGCUGCGUAUAUGGACUCGCUGCGGGCUGUGUUUCUAACCCUUUGUGGUCUGGCUGUUUUGGGAGCGUUGGCGAGUCUGGCGAUGAGAGAGCACAAACUUCAUACGAAUCUGGCCAGACGGGAGCGCUGA